AGUCAACAAAAUAUGAAUAAUAAUUUGAAAUUUUGGACAACCUCUCUUAGUCCCUGUGGUAGUAGGUAACUUAUAAGAGUGAAGCUUUAGCUAUCAGAUCAUAGCAAUGGAUGUUUCAAAUCAGAUCACCAUCCAGGAAGAAGCAGCUGGUUCAAGUUUUAUGGAUCUUGGCGUGUACAAUGCGGCAAAAGCCGGCGAAGUCGACGUCCUUUGGAAGCACAGAGACCACCUUGACCGAAUGUUGACUCCAACCAAGAACACAAUCCUCCAUGUUUACAUAGCAUGCUCAACGUUGACUGAAACUGACUCCGAAGAAACACUACUACUAGUAAUGAAGUCAGCUAAUGUCGUCGAGAAGAUUGUUGAAAUGUGUCCGCCGUUACUGUUCCAGCCCAACGACGGCGGUGACACCGCAUUGCACGUCGCGGCGAGGCACGGCUGUACUCGUGUGGUUCAAGUUCUUCUUAAGCAGGCUGCGAAAAGAGAUUGCGGCCCCGUGGGAAAGCUGAUGGGGGCAACCAACAAAGUGAAGGACACGGCGUUGCACGAGGCAGUGCGGUUUAACCACCGUGGUGUGGUGGAGGUGUUGACUCGAGAAGAUCCUGAGGUUUUGUACUCUGCUAACGUAGACGGCGAUACGCCGCUCUACUUGGCUGCUGAGAGGGGAUACCGUGAUUUGGUUUUCGAAAUGCUUGGGACUUGUAAAUGUUUAGCUUAUGGAGGCCGCAACGGUAGAACGGCUUUGCACGCUGCUGUGAUCUGCAACGAUGAAGAAAUGACGAGAGAAUUACUAAAGUACACUGCAAAAAUGGCUCUCACCAAAGCGGUAGAUGGCCAAGGAUGGACACCUCUUCACUUCGCUGCACUCUUCGGUCACCCUUCCAUUGCGAAACAACUGCUAGAAUCCGAUAGAUCGGCUGCGUACAUUGGCGACAAAGAGUACAAGCAGACACCCCUCCACAUUGCAGCCUUUGAAGGACAUGAAGGUGUAAUGAGAGAGCUUGUUUUGCAUUGCCCCGAUUGUUGUGAACUGGUCGACUACAAAGGCCGGAAUGUUCUUCACUACGCCGUUAAGUGGUGUCAAAGUCCAAUUGUACAGGAUUUUGUUCUGAAGGAUCCAUGGGUUAGCAACACCUUGUUAAAUGGAAAGGAUGCUAAUGGGAACACACCGCUCCAUCUACUCGCUCUUUCUCCGCUAUGCGCAUCUGAUCGUUUUUUAUGUGAUGGUAGAGUUGAUAAGAUGGCAUUCAACAAGGCAAACCUAAAUGCUUUAGACAUUGUUCUGGCUGAUGAAACUCUGCCACCAACACUCAAGAGUGCCAAUGGAUGCAUUUUGGGAAGGAAUGGGGCUAGACCAGGUUGUCAUCGAAUUUUAUGCGGUGAAGACACUGUAUGCCAAAAAUUCUAUCCUUUUAGAAAAAUUGAAAUUGAGCAAUUCGAAGAAAACAAAGGUGGUAGCAGAAGUACAACAUUCAAUCUAUUCGAAUGUGGCAAAGACACAGAUGUAAUAUUGAAGCAAGUCAAAGAAGCCCAUCUAGUAAUGGCUACACUGAUUGCAACCGCAACCUUCGCAGCAGGUUUCGUCAUGCCCGGUGUUUGUUACCAAAGUGAAAAAGGACCACCAAGCCAAGAUUGUGCAGUUCUAACGAGACAAACAGCUUACCAAGCUUUUGUUGUAAUGGAUGCACUGGCCUUGUUUAUGUCCACUUGUUCUGUCUUGAUGCACUUUUAUUUGUCUAGGCCGGACGCGAUUGUUUGGGCGUUAUCUUCUACCAUGACCGCCUUGAUUUUCACGGUGACUGCACUUAUUACCGGCACAUAUGCAGUAUCAGGUCAUUCUCCAGGAUUCGCCAUCGCUGCUUGUGUGCUUGGCUUCUGGUACUUUUCCGCAGCUCUUUUCAUGCUUGGUCGUCCAUCUACCAAAGCUUUUCGGCGGCAUUUUUUUCCAGUUGCCACCGCAGCGUAGUUGAAUCAAAAUUCUCUAUUUGCCUUGUUUUCACUUGAUUUGAUUUCUAAUCUAAUAUAUGCCUUGUAUGUACAAA